AAAACUAUGUCUUAUAAAUCCUCCAACACUUUCAAAAAUCAAUGAAUGUGUUCCAAAAAAUGCAUAACCAAAAUUCACUGUUCCUUCCUUUCAUUCUCUUCACCUUUUUCAUAUUUUCUUCUUCUUUUGCUGCUACAAUAUCUUCAUCAUCAUGUCCUAUGGAUCUAAGCUAUGUUGAAACAUUUCCAUGGGACACAUCAACAUGUAGAGACCCAAUUGAUACACAACAUUGUUGCCAAUCACUUCUUAGUCUCUUUGGCAUAGGCCUUGCACAACACCUCAAAGAAACUUCCCUCUUUCAACUCCCUAAUGAAAAUACUUCCACAAAUUGCUUACAAGACUUCAAACUCAAACUCUCAUCUUUGAAAAUCCAACCAUCAUUAGUCCCUUCUUGUUUCCAAAACUCAACUCAGUUUGUCACAAACUCAUCAAGCUGUGCUGGCAUAAAAAACAUUCAAGAUUGGAAGCAAAAAGUUGGAAUUUUUAGUCCUUUAGACACUUCUUGUGAUGGUGAUUUGAGUGAUGAAUCUAAGUGUAGCAUUUGUACUGAAUCUGGCUUCAAAGUCACUUCACAGCUUAAUGCUAUUGACCCAAAUGCAACAAAGUGCUUUUACUUCACAAUUUUGUAUGCUACUGCUAUUGUUAACAAAUUUGGUCCUACAGAUGUUGGAACAGCUGGUUGUAUACUUGGUUUGCCACUUUCAACAAAAGGGUCAUCAAAUAAAGAUCAAAUUUUGAAACUUGUUUUUGGGUUAUUAGGUGCUUUUGUUGGUGUUGUUUUAGCUUUUGUGCUUAUAGUUAUGUACAAAAAAUGGAACAAAAUGAGAAGAGAAAACAUUUAUCAUAGAUCAGUUGAGAAUAGUGUGAGAGACAGUGUUUUGCCUAAUACAGGUUCAAAAUGGUUUCACAUAUCAGAACUUGAAAAAGCUACAAACAAAUUUUCACAGAAGAAUUUGAUUGGUCAAGGUGGUGAUGGAGUUGUUUACAAAGGAACACUUUCAGAUGGUACUUUAGUUGCUAUCAAAGAAAUUUUUGAUUUGGAUACAAGAGGUGAUGAAGAGUUUUGUUAUGAAGUUGAGAUUAUAAGCAAAAUCAAGCAUAGGAAUCUUGUUGCAUUAAGAGGUUGUUGUGUUGCAAGUCAUAAUUUAAGAGGUAAGAGAAGGUUUUUAGUUUAUGAUUAUAUGCCUAAUGGAAGUUUAAGUUAUCAAUUAUCAAUUAAUGGUGCUAAUAAGCUUACUUGGCCACAAAGAAAGAAUAUUAUUCUUGAUGUGGCAAAAGGGUUAGCUUAUUUACAUUAUGAAAUUAAGCCACCAAUUUACCACCGUGACAUUAAAGCUACAAACAUACUUUUGGAUUCAAAAAUGAGAGCUAAAGUUGCUGAUUUUGGAUUAGCAAAACAAGGGAAUGAAGGACAAACUCAUUUAACAACAAGAGUAGCUGGAACAUAUGGUUAUUUAGCACCUGAAUAUGCAUUAUAUGGACAAUUAACUGAGAAAAGUGAUGUAUAUAGUUUUGGUAUAGUAAUACUUGAAAUAAUGAGUGGAAGAAAAGUGCUUGAUACAAUGAACUCACCUGUUGUUUUGAUAACUGAUUGGGCUUGGACACUUGCAAAAGGAGGGAAAGUUUGUGAAAUAUUUGAUGAUAAAGUUAGAGAUGAAGGGCCAGAGAAAAUCAUGGAAAGGUUUGUACUUGUUGGAAUUUUAUGUGCUCAUGCUAUGGUUGCAUUAAGGCCUACUAUUGCUGAGGCAUUGAAAAUGUUGGAAGGUGAUAUUGAUAUUCCUACUUUGCCUGAUAGACCUGUUCCACUUGGUCAUGAAUCUUUUCAAUCUUCACUUUUUAAUGGUUUGCAAUCUAGUGGAAGAUCAACACCUUAUUAUAAUUCUUCAUUUUAUUCCACUACUAGUAUGAAUACUAUUAGUUAAGUUUAAUAUUCUUGUUUCUGUAGGUAUAGUGUGUAGAUUUUAUUAAUUAGAAUUUCUUUUUUGGAAUUUGUUUGAGGGUUUAAAUUAACCUUCCAAGUUGAAAUUGAAAGUGAUCAUACUUCUGUAAUGAAAAUGUUUGAUUUGUUGCAUAAUGUAUAGUGUUAAAGAAGUUAUUAGUGUGGUUAAAUGAUUCAUAGAUUAAUUUGUAAUUAGUAGGUAACUAACUAUUAAUACAUGUAAACUAUAGAUGAUAGUCCUCCUUAAAAGAUAAGUACUAAAAAUCUAGGACACAAAUUGUUUA